CAACAGGUGUGAGCCAACAAGUCAAGCUUUGUAAGAGUUAAGAGCCUGGGAAGCUGGAGAUAAGUUUGUAUCUUUAUUCUUGGACCCAAGUGGAGGCAAGAUCCUGGGCAGAGGACCUGGAGGGUAGGGUCUCGAUGUUGGGUGCCCCCUGCAGUCCCCUGGGUCUACGGCUACACCUUCCAGCCCGUGACCAUCCAAUUACAGCCUGGGACAUUUCGAGCGUGUUGCUCUGUCAACACCCACAGAUGGCUCCUUUCUUUGAGCACGCCGCUCUGCAGUUGGUGAGCUGCUGGCACCCUCAUUUUGUGAAUGGGACACUGAGACCAGAGGUUCUGGGACGGGGAUGGAGGAGCGGGCAGAAGGAAGUGUGGCCAGGCCAAAAGCCCAGGUUCUAAGGCAGGUCCAGUGUCUUCCCCUCCCACUCAGUGCUCACAGGUGACCCUGGGAAAUGCUUGCUCCAAGCAGGACAGAUGGCAGCAUCCAAACCCCAGGCCCCUGCUGUCGGUGGAAUAAGGACCCUUAGCACUUUCUACGGCUGUGGCUCUUUAUAGAAUCACACUGCCACAUCUUUCUCCCUCAGAGAGGCGGGGUGUGUGUGUGUGUGUCUCAAGAGGUCGGACUUCCAGCUAGCGGCUGAGCAACCAGGGCUCCUGGAAGGUAGAGGAACCACGUUGUUGUCGGUGUUAAUGGUGGUUGGUGGUUUUGUCAUUAUGCCCCAGUCAGCGUGCCGCCCCCGAUGACGUCUGAGGGUUGUCAGUGUGGCUACUUGCUGUUGGCACCGACCGAGCCUACGGGGACUUGCCUUCAGCCCCCUGCUUUCUUUCAAACCAGGUCCAGCAACUGGAGAUGGAGACCCCCCAGCCAGCACCUCUGCCAUUCCCCACCGUCCCUCCGGAAGAAACCCUGCGGUCCCGCGUGCUUCCCCCCAGAGAGAACCCGGCGUUGUCACCCACCAUGCCCCGGCAAGGUGCCCUGCCCCAGACUCCUGGCGCCUCCAAGCAAGAGACCUCUGGCCGAAUGCCACACUCGCUCCAGAAGGGACCGUCACCCCUCUUCCCUGCUGCCACUGGGCAGGAGACCCGUCUGCAGUGCCCCCCGGCUUCCCAUGAUGGAGUCCAGUCCCCGCCCCCCGUUGCUGCCGAGCCCCAUUUCCCCAUCCUCUCCCACCCCACCACCCACCAAGAGGCCCCACUCCACUCCCCGGAGGUGCCUGACAAGGACACCCUGACCCUCUCGCCUACCAUCCCGGACAGCGACUUGGACCCCCUGCUCCAGAGUCCAGCCGCCGCCAAGGACAACCCCUUCCAGCUCUCGGCAACCACUCAGAAGGACACGCCACUGCCCACUGCCGAGAUCACCCGCCUGGCCGUGUGGGCAGCUGUCCAGGCCGUGGAGAGGAAAUUGGAGGCCCAGGCCAUGAGGCUGCUGACCCUGGAGGGCAGGACGGGGACGAAUGAGAAGAAGCUGGCUGAGUGUGAGAAGACGGCCGUGGAGUUUGCCAACCAUCUGGAGAGCAAGUGGGUCGUGCUGGGCACGCUGCUGCAGGAGUACGGGCUGCUGCAGCGGCGGCUGGAGAACAUGGAGAACCUGCUCAAGAACAGGAACUUCUGGAUCCUGCGGCUGCCCCCGGGCAGCAACGGUGAGGUGCCCAAGGUGCCCGUGACCUUCGACGACGUGGCCGUCCAUUUCUCGGAGCAGGAGUGGGGGAACCUGUCCGAGUGGCAGAAGGAGCUCUACAAGAACGUCAUGAGGGGCAACUACGAAUCUCUGGUCUCCAUGGACUAUGCCAUUUCCAAGCCAGACCUGAUGUCACAGAUGGAGCGAGGGGAGAGGCCAGCCACGCAGGAACCAGAGGACUCGGAGGAGGGCGAGCCACCUGCCGACCCCAGUGCUGCCCACGACGGGAUCGUGAUUAAGAUCGAGGUCCAGACCAAUGACGAGGGCUCAGAAGGUUUGGAGACACCUGAGCCCCUGAUGGGACAAGUGGAGGAGCACGGCUUUCAGGACUCUGAGCUAGGGGACCCCUGUGGGGAGCAGCCAGACCUGGACAUGCAGGACCAGGAGAACGCCCUGGAGGAGUCCACUGGGGGUUCCAGUGAGUUCAGCGAGCUCAAACAGAUGCUGGCACAGCAGAGAGAGUGCGCAGGAAAAGAGUUUGACUGUUUGGUCCCACCCGAGGAGGCCUGGUGGCGGAGUGGUUACCAGUUGGGCUGCAGUCCGCAAGAGGGCAUCGUAAUCAAGACGGAGGAGCAGGAUGAGGAAGAGGAAGAAGAGGAGGAAGAAGAGGAGGAGGAGGAGCUGCCCCCGCAUCUGCAGUCCCUUGGGCACCUGUCUGGCCGCUUCGAAGCCAGCAUGUACCAGGCCCCACUCCCUGGGGAGCUGUCCCCGGAGGGCGAGGAGAGCCCCCCAGCACUGCAGCUGAGCAAGCCGAGCCUGCGGCGACUGGCUCCCACGGGACACGGCGAGCGGCAUCCAGGGGAGGGCCGCGGAUCGGCCGGGCAGCAGCAGCAACGCAACCGGCGUGGCGGGCGACCCUUCACCUGCCUGGAGUGUGGCAAGAGCUUCCGGCUCAAGAUCAACCUGGUCAUCCACCAGCGCAACCACGUCAAGGAGGGGCCCUACGCCUGCGCGGAGUGUGAGGCCAGCUUCCGCCACAAGCAGCAGCUGACCCUGCACCAGCGUGCGCACCGAGGCCCACGCACGCCAUCCUCGCCCGAGCGCACGCCCGGCCUGCACCCCAAGCACACGCUCAAGCCGCGCCCCAAGUCGCCAGGUGCAGGAGGGGGCGGCGGCGGGGGCGGCGGCUCCAAGCCUUACCAGUGCCCGGAAUGUGACAGCAGUUUCAGCCACAAGUCCAGCCUGACCAAGCACCAGAUCACGCACACGGGCGAGCGGCCUUACACGUGCCCCGAGUGCAAGAAGAGCUUCCGCCUGCACAUCAGCCUGGUCAUCCACCAGCGCGUGCACGCCGGCAAGCACGAGGUCUCUUUCAUCUGCAGCUUGUGUGGCAAGAGCUUCAGUCGCCCGUCGCACCUGCUGCGCCACCAGCGGACGCACACGGGCGAGCGGCCCUUCAAGUGCCCCGAGUGCGAGAAAAGCUUCAGCGAGAAGUCCAAGCUGACCAACCACUGCCGCGUGCACUCGCGUGAGCGCCCGCACGCCUGCCCCGAGUGCGGCAAGAGCUUCAUCCGCAAGCACCACCUGCUGGAGCACCGGCGCAUCCACACGGGCGAGCGGCCCUACCACUGCGCCGAGUGCGGCAAGCGCUUCACGCAGAAGCACCACCUGCUCGAGCACCAGCGCGCGCACACCGGCGAGCGGCCCUACCCGUGCGCGCACUGUGCCAAGUGCUUCCGCUACAAGCAGUCGCUCAAGUACCACCUGCGGACCCACGCGGGCGAGUGAGCACGGCGGCGCCGCCGGGUGCGGCGCUGCGCAGUGCGGGACUGCCACCCCUUUUCGAUACUGUGGUUCUCUUUGAUAAUAAUAGAGUAAUUUUUAAAAGA